UAUUUGGUCGUUGGAAGGAGAGGUAUGUCGUCCACGGUCGCUGUCGGGUCCUAGUGAAAUUCCCGUAACCCGAGGAUUAUUACAGUGAGCAGUGAAAGCCAAUCAUACUUCCGUGUUCUGGUGGAUGAUCCAACAAUUACCAUGUAAUCCCACAUCAUCUAAAGUGAAAUUAAUCGGAAAUUAAGAAAGUGGAGGAGAGAUACUACGUAAAAAAGUGUUAAAAUAGAAACGCCUGACCAUGAGUCCUUCCAGUCCCCUUCCCUUGGUGCUUCUGGUGCUGGCCUGCUGCCACGCGGCUCGCUCUUCUCCGCAAACAGCCGACGCCCGCUCCGUGAGCACAGGGACCCUCAACGCCUUCGUCAGGGCCCUCCAGCUGUCCGAGGGAGGCGCCCCUAGCCCCCCCGCUCAACCCUCCCUCUCUGUGGACCCGACGGAGCCGCCCUCGAGAUUUAGGUUCGAGACGAAGCGACCAGACAACAGCCGCACCGGCUCGAGGAUCACCUUCAUUCCUCAGGAUCGCGUGGACCGCUUCCGGCGCCCUCUGGUGACCGACGCUGACUCCACCCACGAGCCUGCGGCCAGCCCGGCGUCGUCGCCGUCCGCCGCGUCUCCCGCGUUCAAUCUGAGGUUCACGACGUCCGCGCCGUCCGUCGCCGAACCCGUCGACGACAACGCCGCCCCCGGGAACUACGACGACUACUACUACUAUGACUACUACUACGACUACUAUGACGACCAGAACGGCACCGAAAGCGACCUCGGGCCGCUCGACCCCCCGACCCGGCAGACGGAGCCCUCCACGCGCCCGACGGAGCCCUCCACGCGGCCCACGCAGCCCACCACCGCCAAGCCCUUCCGCUUCGCCUCGCGCGACUCCACGCGCACCACGCGCCGGCCCGCGCUGCCGCGACGCCCCAGCAGCGACGGCGGUGACGGCGACGACGGCAGCGACAGCGCGGCGGGCAGGUACGCGACGCUGUCGGAGCUGAUCGCGAGCCUCAAGCAGAAGUCGCAGGACGAGCCUCCGCCGCCGCCGCUCACCAACAGCCUGUCGGGCGCCGGCGACAACAACCGCGACAGCCGCGUGCUGCAGAGCCCCGCCACCUUCUCCGUCGGGCGCGACGAGGAGCGCGACGCCGCGCGGCCCAGCGUGGAGGUGCGCGUGACCAACUCGACCGAGAGCUCCGUGGUGGUGGCGUCCGUGCAGACGUCGCACAGCGUGAGCGUGAGCGAGGGCGUCGGCCCCACGACGCGCCUGCCGCCGGUGGGCCCUCCUGCCUCGUCCUUCGCCGCCUCUUCAACCGCCCGGACCACGACCUCCUCCACGACGUUCCCCGUUCCUCCUGAGACCACCGAGGAGGCGCAGGAGACGACCACCCGCCGCUCGCUCUCCGACAUCCACGAAACGGUGGACGUCGCGCCGGCCAUCCUUCCCGGCCAGGCCUCCUCCUCCACCGCCGCGCCGCGCCCGCCCAAGCGCCUCGACAACUUCGCCAGCAUCAACAGCGACAGCGGCGCCGCCGAGAAGGCCCAGCGACUCCCCGAGGGCCCGCCGGUCACCAAAUCCACGCCGCGCCUCGAGAGCCUCUUCAACAUCGAGAUCGACACCAAGGGUCACACCAUCACGGCCACCGAUGCCAGGCUGGGCGCCGUCGAGGUGGCCGACAUCUCGUCCUUCCUGCCGCCGGGCUACGAGGCGGAGGACGCGACCAGCUCCUCCACCUCGACCACUUCCUCCACGACCACGUCCACCUCCACCACAGAGAAGGCCGUCGUCCCGCCGGAGACGACCCCGCAGACCUCCAGCUCAACCUCCACGUCCACAACACAGAAGCCCAACCUCCUGGAACUGUUCUCGGCCAUCCAGAGCAGCACAGACUCCGCCUCCAGCUCCACCUCCACCACCACCACCGAGAAGGGUCCCCUUUCCGGACUGCUCAGCGACACAGACUUGGUGGACGUGUCUGCCUUCCUGCCCCCGGGCUACAAGCUCUCGGAGCAACGGGAGACGGCCGAGGCGACGACGGAGAAGGCUCCGGUUAUCGUCACCGUCGCCUCCGAGGGCUUGAAGCCUUCGGAGGAAUCGCCCAGCGAGAGCGCCACGCCCCUGGUCCCCGAGAUCAACUCGACCACCACCACCACCACCGAGCGCCCUGGACCCCGAGGCUUGGUGUUCCCACGCCGCCCAAGCCGCCCUUCCUAUCUGACGACGCCCAAGCCCACGGCCCCAACUGCCUCCGGCCCCCCGCCCCUCAAGCCCACCUUCAGGAACCUCUGGGAAGCUGUAAAGACGACCACGGAGUUCACUGGCUGGAAGCCCACGACGGAGGCAACGCCCGUCGGCGGGGCCCCCAAGGCGAAGGACAAGGACCAGUUGAAGAGCACGACGACUACCACGACUUCCAGAACCACCACCACCACCACGACAACCACAACGACCACUCCAAUGCCAACAACUAUAGGUGUGUGUGGCUCAAAGUGCCGCCUGGCAGCAACCAUCAGGAUUAUCGACGGGACAGAAUGGCGGCCCGUGCUGUCCAACAGAGACACGACGGAGUGGCAGGAGCUCGCCAAUACGGUUGAAAUAGAGCUGGACAUGUUCUACCGCAAUAGCCCGCUGUCGCCGUGGUACAACGGGGUAGAAAUCGACGCCUUCAGCCCGGGCUCUGUGCUGGUCGAUUACAUCCUGCAUCUGAUCGAAGUCUCGACCCAACUCGACACGAUCGACCUGAAGACCAUCGUCACCGAGGAGAUGGUCCAGACCGGUUACUUCUUGGGAAAUUACACCCUCGACCCCAACGCUACGCAGUUCAGAGUUCUGAAUGAUGUGAACCAACAGACAACAAAACAAGAUUCGCACUACGUCAUUCCCCAAUGGCUUAUUGCCGUCAUUGUUAUAGGACUGGCCUCCCUCCUCUUCAUCCUCAUUUUUGGAAUUACUGUUCUGGUGAACCGUGCAAGGGUCAAGAAGCGACAUGAUGUUCCUCUCACAGCCGAGAUGCUGAAUGAACUGAACAAGGCUCACAUGGCAGGCAUUGACGGGCCAUAUGACAUGGGUGGCCUCUACGAUAUGGAAGGCAUCUGGAAUGAGAAGUUUGACAGGAAGGUGGCCAAGCCGCCUUCAAGCAGAGGAAAGGGCUACAACCCCAACUACAACAUCAACAUCUAUGACUCAUGGCGCACUGACUGGUCCGGUCCUUAUGGCUCCUCUGCUACCUAUGCCAAGAGACGCCCUGACACCAAUUUCUGACAUGAGGACUCUCAAGAGGAGGACAUAGAGGACUUCUAGACAGGAGGCAUCAUCCUAGGGUUCCUGGGGGCAAGGACAGCUCUUCCCCUCUGAGUGUGUGUGUGCACAUUUGGAGGAUCUUGGUUUUUGACCUUCAGAAUCAGCUCAGUGUUGCCUCAAGAGGAGAGGAACCCGAGUGUCAUCUGCGGCCUCCAAAACCAAAGAUUUUUUGAGGGGAUUGGCAUUUUUCCUUUGCCUUGCCAGGACCAGGAGGACGAGGAGUUGGUGCUUGUGUGGAUUUUUCUUGCAUGUUGCACCAGCCCUCUUGCCUUUUGGUGAAGCUUGCACACGCUGUCUGCAGACCUCCACAUUCAGGAACCACUUUUAUAUGACUGUUAAGUUUUAAGAAAGUCUAUCAUUUUGAUGACUUGUGGAGAGUGUGCGGGCUUCACCAUGUCUAGUUGGCCUUAUUGGAUCGUGCUUAACACAUUGGCUGUUCAUUUACCUAUCUCUGCUUUGUCCACAUUCAAUGGCACUCUGUAGCCUACCUCUGUUGUGCUGUUAUACUCAACUAUGGUGCACAAGAUAACAUCACUGACAUGUGAUGUCUUACCUGACUAUGAAUCUGUCAAAACUAUUGCAUAGAACCUAUCUUCAGCCUGACUAAUUCCUCACAUAUUUGAACACUCCUGAACUGUAGCCGAAGUGAACACGGUCCUGUCUCCUUUUGGGAACAUGUUUUGAUAUAUAAACGCUUUCAAAAGUGUAAAUUUCUCUAUGCUUUUUAUUUUAUGUAAUAAGCAGAGAGCUGUAUACAUAUGAAGACAUAUAUGAAAUUAUAAUUUGUACAUCUAGAAUAGAUUUUAUAAUGAUAUCAGCACUGAAGUUAAUAGAAUAGAUGAAUCUUGAAUCAAGUUGUAAUUUAAACAUACUGCACAAGAUUUUAUUUUUUAGAAAACUUCUAAUAAAUUUCAUAUAGAUGACAGUUUUAAUGUCUUGUAAAGAUAAUAUUUCAAAGCAUUUUGUGCUGAGGAGCACCAUUUUCCAAGGAAAAAUUUUUAUAUAUGAAACAUUCUAGUGUGCUACACUAGUACAUCAGCAUUCUAUAGCAAAGUUGCCUAUAGUCAGCUUUUUUAUAUAUAAAAGAUAGAAGUACUAUUGCCUGCAGGAAUUCAGUUUGUCACUGAAAUAGGAGUCCUGUAUAUGUGGCACCCCUUGAUUCCCACCUCUAGGCUUAUUUUGGACCUGUUCCUGUUUUUUACCUCCUCUCCAUCUCCCCACAACUCGGUGAACAAUAUCAAACAAAUCAUUAAGCGUUUUCAUUUCAAAAGAAGACAAAAAAAAAAAAAAAAAAAAAGGAAUAAUGUGAUUCUGAUGAUAUAUAGAAAUGGGUGCAUAAAGUAAUUACUGAAAUUUUUAAUCCAUUCACAUACCAGAAGGAGGGGGAAAUUUGCAGGAAUGAAUGGAGAGGGAAAAAUACUUGGGGUGGGAAUACAACAACGCCACAUUCACAGGGCUACUAUCUAUGCAGGCAGGUAUAAUACAUAGGUUUAGGCUACAUCAGGUUCAUGUGAAAAUAAGCCUGUUGUGCCAGAACAGCUCCAAUUUCGCACAAAAAUUAUAUUACCGUGUGUCCUUUACCAGCGAUCAUGAAGUCUGAGUUGCCCAUUUGAAACAAACUUUGGUGAACUGUGAUAACAUUUUAAAGUAAGGCAGUUUGUAACACUUGGCAAUAUUUGCUUAUGUUUCGGAUAAAAACCCAGUUUUUGAGUAAGAUAGAGAGUAUUAGAUAUUCCAAGAAUAAUGCAAGUCUCCAUUUUUCUCCCCUUUUUUUUUGUCAUUUGGGUGAUAUUUUAGGAAAUUCUGAAUGUAAUCUACCUUAUACAAGAGUGAGCUAGAUCAUGGUGCCACUAAGGGUCAAGUUUUUAAAAAUAUGGGUCUCAAGCUCAACGUUAUUGGACCUAUAGUAAAAAAGAUUGUUACAUUGAAACACUUUCAGUAUUGGGGUUCGAGAAUCAUAUCUCGAGGAACUUUAGUUACGCUGACAUAUUUGACUGGACGUAGGAAAUAUAGAAAACUAUUUCAGAAUUUAGCUGUUUGGUCAGCAGAUAUAGUUUUAGACUUUAUUACUCCUUAGCUUGUAAGUAACACAUUAUGUAUAGAUAACCAAUAAUAUUUAUGAAUGUAAAUUCUUAUUUUUUAGUGGCAUUCACUUUUCAUGUGAUGAAUGUAAGUGCAUCAAUGGAUGAUAUCUGGAAAAAACAAUAUUUAAGAAGUUUUUUUUUUUUCUGAUCUGAUAUAACAUUCUUUUUUUUUAAGCAAAAUAUACUUUGUGGUUCUCUCUGUAUUUUAGGGUUAGUUGCUGUCUUGUCACUUAUUACUCGAAACAAUAUAAACGGAUUAUGUGAAAAUACUCUUAACUGUGUUUUAUGUAUAUAACUGUACAAUUUAAAAUGUUGAAGCAUUAUAAUCUUGAUUUCCUUAUGAUGUAAGUAUGAGAUGUAGCUUUUUUUCAACUAUAUUCUUCUUAUCUUAUUAGCAAAGGUGCGCGAUGCACAGUUGUCAACUUCCGUAUCAAAUAACAGUAAUGUAAGCAAGGAAAAAAUAUUUUCUUAAGUACACCAUACAGUUGUAGUGAAAUCAAAGUAGAGAAUUCCUUUAAUAAUGAACAAGAGCCUCUAUUAAUGUAAGUAAGAUGGACAGAUGAGUGUCUGAAUGAAUGAAUGUUUAUAAAUGCAUCCAGCAAAGGGUUGCGUGUUGCCUCUGACAGCCGUGUGAGCAGAUGAUUUCAGAAUGUCACAUCUAGUCUGGAUGGAUGUUUGAAUGUAUCCUGUCAGUCAUCUGGAAAUUGUAUGGAUGUGAUGAAAUAAUUCCUUCCAUUUGAGACACAGUGAAUAAAACAUGUAAGUCUAAUCGAAGAAAUCAAAUAUACAAUACUUACCAUAUAAAUCAUAACCAGUUUUAAUGUCUAGAAUGGUUUCCUACUAGCGUAAAUACUCAUAGAUAUCACUUAGUCUUGUAUUCCAUGAAUCCUAUGAUAUAUAUUUUCAUGGCAUGAUUCCUGUACUAUGGCAUACGUGUGGCCCUGGAUGGCCAUGUUAGAGUUGCAUCUUUUGCAUUUCUGCACAACUGACUAAGUCUGUACAUUUGUAAUAUAGCUGGUUUAUACACUGUAUCACCCGUAAAAUAAUGGGUGAUACAUAAGGGGCCAAGGUUUCAUAAUAAAAUACACUUAGUACAUA